CAGUAUUGUACGAUUUAUCUUAUUAGUUUACACAUCCACCAACUUAUAUUAAUGAUUCUCAUGUUUUUUGUUGCAGAAAUAUAGAACAGACGUACUUCAAGCUAAUAAUGUUAUUGAGAAGGAAGGAGGUGAAAGCUUGAAAGAACCACCGGUGAUUGUAUAUAGAGAUGGAGAUCUAAGUUCCAUUGUUAGCUAUAAUUCAUCUGAAAGCAAUCAUACAUCUAAUGUAUCUUUGAAUGCUGAAAGCAGCUCUGACAUUUUAGAUAGAAAAGUUCUACUUUCAGACACUAAGCAGGGAACAGAGCAGCAGCAGAAUCUGCAAAAUCAGACGGAUGUAUUAUCACAUGCAUCUGGAAGAAAGGAUCUUUUAAAACAUGCAAUUCUCAAUUCCAAUCAAAGUGAACAUUCAAGUUCUAUGAGACUGGUGGAUGAGAAAGUUAAACAAAUGAAAGACCAAGUAAUUAUGGCCAAAACAUAUUUGGCAUUUGAAUCACCUAAAAGCACCUCGAGUUUAGUGAGGGAGCUGAAGCAGAGAAUCAACGAUGUAGAACAUGCUAUGGGUGAUUCAACCAAGGACUCUGAUUUGCAUAGGAGUGCUACACUAAAGAUGAGAUCAAUGGAGGCCACCUUAUCAAAAGCAAACCGUUUUUUUGGUGACUGCGACUCCAUGAGUACCAAACUCCGUGCUAUGACAUAUAAGGCUGAAGGAAAAGUUCGAGCACAUAAGAAUCAAGCUUCGUUUCUUUUGAGGCUUGCAGGAAGGACAAGUCCUAAAGGACUUCACUGCCUCUCCAUGCAGUUGACUGUCAAUUACUUCACCCUGCCACCUGAGGAACGGAGCUUUCCUAACCAACAUAGGCUGCAUGAUCCUGACUUUUUUCACUUUGCUGUCUUCUCUGACAACAUUUUAGCUUGCUCUGUGGUUAUCAGCUCAACUGUUGCUGCUUCCGAGGCACCAGAGAAGUUGGUUUUUCACGUAGUGACUGAUUCCCUCAACCUUCCAGCAAUGUCAAUGUGGUUCUUAUUAAAUCCUCCUGCAAACUCCACUAUCUAUAUAGAGAGUAUAGAAUCUUUUCCAUGGUUGUCUUCGAACAAAAGGGUUGCACUGCAAAAGAAAGGUGGUUCCAUUGAUCCAAGAUAUACUUCUGCUCUGAACCACCUUCGUUUCUAUUUGCCAGAUGUUUUCCCUAUGCUAAACAAGAUUGUUCUGUUGGACCAUGACGUGGUUGUUCAAAAGGACCUAACGAAACUUUGGAGUGUCAACAUGAAGGGAAAGGUGAAUGGAGCUGUGGAAACUUGUCGAAAAGAGGAACCUUCAUUUCUCAAGAUGGAUAUGUUCAUCAAUGUUUCAGAUCCAUUCGUGGCUGAAAGAAUUGAUCCAGAAGCAUGCACAUGGGCUUUUGGAAUGAACAUAUUUGAUCUGAUAGAGUGGAGACGACAAGAUUUAAUUGGGGUUUAUCACAAGUAUUUGCACUUGGGGGAGAAGAGGGCAAUUUGGAAGGAUGGAAGUUUGGCAUUGGGUUGGCUUACUUUCUAUAACAACACGAUUGGUUUGGACAGGAGUUGGCAUGUACUGGGAUUAGGUUAUGAAUCGGGUGUUUCGAAAAAGGAUAUAGAAAAGGCGGCGGUUAUACACUAUGAUGGGAUUAUGAAGCCAUGGUUGGAUAUUGGAUUGGAGAAGUACAAAGGUUAUUGGAGGAGACAUGUAAAAUAUGAACAUGCUUUUCUCCAGCAGUGCUAUAUUCACCAGUAAUUGAUUUUUUUUCAGAUGAUAUAAUGGUGGUAACUUGUAUUUUUGCUUGAAGAGGAGGAGAAAAAUAGAGAAUUUGAAGUGUAUGAUUUGAAUAGAAAAAAGUUAGGUAGGUAUAAGAGGAAAGAAUUAUUAUUGGAUUGUACUAUGUUUAUUAUGUUGUACAUAAUUAAUUAAUUAUAUAUA